AUGAUCAUUCAAAGCCUGAGUUACGAUAACGAGCAACUUGGGAACAUGUUGAUUGCGUUUGGGAGCCAACACAGCUUCUACACGAGACGAGGCUUCGACCCAAAAUACUGGUUGGUGUUCACGGAUGCACUGAUCAAGCUGGUUGACGACCACUCGUUCAACGUCUAUCACCGCAGACGAACCAGCGGAGGCUUCGAAGGUGAGCCCUACGACCACUGUUUUGUGGCCGCCGUUGAAACGGUUAGCAGCUUGCUGCUAAACACUGUUGGCAAAUUCGACAGGUUCAAAGCUUGA